AUUGCAUUCUCUCUCAAGAGCUGAAAUGGCUUUGUGUGCUCCAAUCCAAAAACUGUCUCCUGCAUCUUCAUUAUCAAAUGGAAAUAAUACAACACCAAGAAGAACAAGAAAAAAUGAAACAAUGCUUGUACGGAUGACAGCAUCGUCAGACGUGGCAGCGUACGAGGAGGGACAGCUGGAACGACCCAAAUGGGCUGGAGAGACACCUCUCUCGCGUCUUGUUGCAGCUGUCAUUUCCUUCAAGCCCAUCUACACAGUCCUCAAGUUUGGCGCUAGACAAGUUCUUAUCAGUACAGCUGAAAAGAAUAACAUUCCUUGGCGGGAAAUGAGCAAAGAAAUUUUGGAGUCAGAUGUUUACAAGGAGAUGGAGAGCGUUCAAAAUCCCUCCACUGUGUACCCAGAUUAUUAUCUGAGUCCCUUUCAUGCAUAUGAUGAAGGCAACCUUUCUUGGCUGGCUGCAGCAGAAGCAGAGGCCGCGGACUUGUCAAUGACAAGACGAGCAAUACCAUUUGCUUCUUCAGUUGAUGAAGCAAAUCGUAUAAUGCGUGGAAAUUGGCUUGAAACAAUUAAACAACAUCAUCAACAAUAUUCUGGAGAGAUCAGAGACAUUCUAGAUAUUGGAUGCUCCGUUGGUGUGAGCACAGGAUUUCUUGCUCACUACUUCCCUUCUGCUAAAGUCACGGGGCUAGAUCUGUCACCUUACUUUCUUGCUGUAGCUCAAUAUAAGGAAAAGAGAGGAACCCCAAGAAAGAAUCCAAUCAGCUGGAUACAUGCAAAUGGAGAAGACACAGGCUUGCCUUCUAAAUCAUAUGACCUUAUCUCCUUUUCAUAUGUGCUCCAUGAAUGUCCUGAAAGAGCAAUAAUUGGUUUAUUGAGGGAAGCAUUCCGUCUACUUCGACAUGGAGGCACCAUUGCUUUGAAUGAUAUUGCGCCAAAAUCAAAGACCCUUCAGAUCAUGGAGAAAGAGGAAGAUAAAAAAGGGAGCAGCGAAGAAACUGAAGCUAUAGAGCUUGUUCUCUUUCAAGUCUCUGAAUGUUACGUUUAUUUGAUACCCCCAAGGAAAAGUGCAGCUUCAUACAGGGCUGAUGAAUGGAAUGUCAACAAAUGGGCAUGGGAAGGGACACUGAAAGUUGUUAGCAAGGGAGAGGAAUGUAUUAUCAAACUUGAGGAUAAAUCCACAGGCGAAUUAUAUGCCCGGGCUUUUUUGAGAGAUGGAGAACUUCAUCCCGUGGAACCUGUAAUUGAUAGUAGCAGGUAUUUUGUUCUUCGGAUAGAAGAGAACAUUGGUGGUCGCCUUCGGCAUGCUUUCAUAGGUAUUGGAUUCCGAGAAAGGACACAAGCUUAUGAUUUUCAAGCAGCUCUACAUGAUCACAUGAAAUAUCUGAACAAAAAGAAAACAGCGGAAGAGAUGGAGCAGCAAUUCCAGAACACUUCCUCUGGUGAUUACAGUUUAAAAGAGGGGGAGACAAUUCACGUCGAAAUAAAAAAUAAAAGUGGUGGCAGAGUGAAAUCCAAGUUUUUUGAGCAGGGCAUGAACAGUCUAUCUUUGGAGGAUAAGGGUGAUGGUAAAGAACCAAAGAUUUGUAUUAAACCGCCACCACCUCCUCCAGCACCUCUUUCACCUGCUAGCACUGUUCAAAAGUCUCCAUCGAACUUGCCACCUAAUCUCAGUCUUGAAGAAGCUUCUAAAGAUGACAGCCCAGGUUUAACCAAAGAAGACUCAGAAAAGCAGCAUUCUUCGGAAAAUCAAAGUACACAAGAUAUAGCAGAUGACGAUUUUGGAGAUUUUCAAGCUGCAGGGUGAAAUGAUCUAUGGAAUUAUGGUUUAUACCAAAUACUCAAAACAGUGACUUGUUUUUAAUGAGUUGGGGUUGCAAUGCUUGAAAUUUUAAUACACAACUAAAGAAUCUUUUGCUGAGAGAUAUUUGGUAAAUACUGCACAUAUGGAGGUAUGCUUGAGAUUAAACUGUACGGCUUCAGUAUUUUCUUACAUUUUAUUUUUUAAAACAUAAGUCUAGUUUAUUGAAGAAUCAAACUGUAAUUGAGAUCACAAUUCUGUUAUUGUAUGUUAACUAGCUAUGUUUGCUCUGUAUCCCUGUGUUCAAGGAAAUAUUUGAGAUCAUAAUGAGUUAUCUGCAAUCAAUUAUGUACUUAAAAAGAGU